AUGGCGAGUGCUUCUAAUAAUACUACAAUAACUUUGACCACUCCAGAGCCUGUGGCAUCCAGUAGCGCCAGUACCGAAAAGAGACUCGAUGCCGACGACGUUCCUGUCAGGGACACCAAUACACUCUCGCCGCCGAGUUCCCCAAGCAACGACAGACGUCUGAGCAGGGAAUGGGACGCGUCCAAGGUUCCGCCCUCGCAGUUCCAGAAGCGCAAGGGUAGCAUAUUCGCAACGCCGGGUGGAAAGGACGGACAUGUGCAGAAGGUCAAGGACAGGGACAAGGCGUUCCAUGAGAAGCUGAAAGAAAAGGCCUUUAACAUUCUGGGCAAGAAGAUCUAGAAUAUUUCUUGAAGAUUUCUCAUGCUGAUAGUAUAGCGCGGACGAUAUGAUAUGCGCACACGAUGGAUGAUGCUGGUGCAAUAUGAAGCUGCCAAUAACAUAAUUUAUGCAUGCCUAAUGUUCGGUGACACAUUUAUGGGCUGGGCUAGGGUGGUGCAAGAUAG